AAUUUAUUAAAUAUAUGAGAACAAUAUAUGAGCAACUUGGUGUUAAAGUAAUUAACCUUUUCCAUAAAGAUACUGACAAAUUUUAAAUGACACGACGGUAGCGCAUGCGCAUUUACAGUACAUGGAUGUGGAAAACGAUUAGUGGUGGUAGAGAAUUCUCUCCUCGUCGAUGACCAUACUCUACAAUAUCUCAUCGAUGACUCUACGAACGCGCCAUCUUUGAUUUCAUUUAAUUCAAACCAUACGUUGCAAAUAAAAUGGAACGUUUGAAUGAUAUCUUGCAGCCGCGUGUUCGAGCGAGCAAAGUUAGAUUGUCAUAUGUGGACGAAUUAUUUCCGGAUCUCAAGGAUGAUCCGUACAUCAUCCUUCAUAAAAAUGUUCCUGGCAUACGGCAUUCUUCCGGCCACGAGGAGCACGAAGCAAAUCUCGACGAGUGCUCAACGAGGCACGAGGUCAGCGGUUCGCCACUGGAGUAUUCGUUCGGUAACUGCGAAUUCGACGACACCGUCGUCAUAGCGAGACAAAAUUGGCGGAAGGAAGAAGAGUUAUAUUUGCCACUGAGCAGAACGGAUGCAUGUAAUGCCCUGAAUGCGUGUCUGGAACAUCUUGAUACUAAUGCCUUGCCAAUAUUGGCUCUCUGUGACGGGAAGGAUUCUAAGCAGAGCAGAUUCAUCGGCGCGAUUGUCUCUCAAGAUUGGUUCACCACACUGGAAGCUGUUUCUAUUGGCAUGAUAGGUUUGGCCGCAGUAAGAAACAAAUGUCAGAAAGCUGUACAGGAGCAUCUUAAACAAUCGUUUACACAAGAAUACAGUACUAAAAUGUUCAGUGCUGUUGACUUAUUCAGGAUGAAGCAAGAAACGAUCGAUUGGGAUAAGACUGCCAAAAGUGAUUUUGAAGGAAGCAUUAGUGUCGAAAUGCAUUCAGAUUCAAGACUGUCGAAAAAUACUUUGACAGCUCAAAUAAAUGCCGGAUGGAAGGAUAGUCCAUUAAAAGAACUGAGAGAUCAGUUAUUUUUAUUAGUCGAAUAUUUAUCAACGAUAGAUGAGUGCAAGAAAAAUAUUGGGCUACAAAACCCGAUAAAAUUCACAAUGCCAUAUUCAGAGGAACAUGACAUCAUAAGUGAAAAAUUAAAUCUUUUACUGAACGGAGAUUUCAAUUUUCAAUGGUUUGAUAAGGGCAAUGUUAAGGAAAGGAAUCGUAUCAAUAAGGAGAAUGCUGAAAUUGACGCGAAAAUGCAGGAACGUGUACAAAGUGUUUUUCUGAGACAUGAUACAGAUUUUACCGAUCACUUGUGGGAAAUACUUAUAAAGACUUCAGCGUAUCCGCAAAUGGUAAACUACGUUGAAACUGUUUUGAAGGAAAUCCUCGAGCAUAAAUUUACACCACAGAUGAACGACACAAAUUCAACAAGAUUUGUGAAAUGUCUUUCCAAUCUGCAUCAUCAAGAAACAAUGUCCCAUUUGUUAGUGGGAAGUGUACCGUUAGAACUUGUUGUGGAUAUGGGAUUUCAGAAGCUUACUCGAGAUUACUUAUAUAUCCUGCGAGGAGCGCGAUUUGUCGAUCUGCACGACAUCCGACAGAAAUUAGGUGAUACAUCUUCUGGAAUCUUCAACACGGAGAAUUACAGGAAUAAAUUGAACACGUUAGCACAAAUUCACAUCUGUUUGGAAUGCAUGCUACUUAUUGAAGCGCAUCUGGAAUGCCCGAUUGAAAAUUUGCAAAAUAUAUUUGCCUACGUUUACAAAGAGUUCGUGUCCGCGCAAUCUCCUUUACAGCAUUAUUCUGAGCUUCGCAGCCGAAUUUUCACCUUGACGGUGCCUCUACCCAACGUGUUGGCUAAUGAAUUAAACAAGAUGGAUCCGUCUGUAUGCAGAGCCUCUGUUUCGUCUCAUUCUGCCGCGUCGAUGCUAACGACUAUCACCUAUUACAACAAGCUACCUAUUUUUCCAACAAAUAUAUAUUCUACUGACGAUGUAGAUUUACAGGAGGAAAUGGUUUAUGGUAUAAGCGCAGUAUCGUCAUCGGCGAAGUAUAGAAAACUGUGAACAACACUCUUGAAACUUGAGAAACGAAUUAAAACUUCAGAACUGGUGCAAUUUUUAAUAAACUGGAAACGUGGUGCGUGAUGUAAUUGUGUUUUAAUGAAUAAUUAAUAAAAUAAAAGUUAUAAAAGCAAUCUCAUAAAUCUUCAAAUACAGUUACAUGUAUUGGAUGUAUAAAUA